GACUCCACAAUAGUGUGCUUCAAAGUUGAUAUUUAUUUGUAUUUUCUCUUUUAGAGUUGACAAUGUUUCCAGCAUUCGCAAGAUACCAAUAUCAUGGGCCUUAGGAUUUGUAAAAUCUUUGAGCCCUUAUCAAAUAUUUCUGAAGAAUGAUCCAAAAGCAGCUGAAGCCUUCAUUGAAAAAACUGAAGAAGUGUCUUAUGAAUAAUCCAAAGCAGCCAAAGCCAUUACUAACUGGCGUUCAUUAUAGACCAAGGAAAAGAGAUGAAAAAGAGAAGUUCGAGCCUACUCAGUUUCAAGAUUCCAUCAUCCAGGGUCUGAAUGAAACUGGCAGUGAUUUGGAAGCUGUAGCAAGAUUUCUUGACGCUUCUGGAGCAAAGCUUGAUUAUCGUCGCUAUGCUGAGACACUAUUUGAUAUCCUGGUUGCUGGUGGUAUGCUGGCUCCAGGUGGUACCCUUGCUGAUAACGUGACACGCACCGAUGUCUGUGUAUUUGCUGCACAAGAAAACCUAGAGACCAUACGUGCUUAUGCUCUGGUUUUUAAUAAGUUGAUCAGGCGUUAUAAAUACCUGGAGAGAGGAUUUGAAGAGGAAAUCAAAAAGCUGCUGCUAUUCCUGAAAGGUUUUACAGAAUCUGAGCGAACCAAGCUGGCCAUGCUGACUGGAAUAUUGUUGAGCAAUGGAACACUGUCUGCUUCCAUUCUGAGCAGCCUCUUCAAUGAAAACCUGGUCAAAGAAGGUGUUUCGGCAGCAUUUGCUGUGAAAUUGUUCAAAUCUUGGAUAUCACAGAAAGACAUUAAUGCUGUUGGAGGAAGCCUUCGAAAAGUUGGCAUGAACAGCAGAUUACUGGAAUUGUUCCCGCCUAACAAGCAGAACUAUGAUCAUUUUGUUAAGUACUUCACUGAUGCAGACUUAAAGGAACUUUCAGACUUUGUCCGUGGCCAACAAUCUCUUGGAGCACGGAAGGAGAUACAGAAGGAGCUCCAAGAUCAAAUGGCUCGUGGUGAUCCUAUCAAAGAGAUUAUCACAUAUGCCAAAGAAGAGAUGAAGAAAAGCGGCAUCUCUGAGCAGACCACAAUAAGUAUUGUCUGGGUCAGUGUGAUGGCUGCGGUGGAAUGGAAUAAGAAGGAAGAACUAAUAACGGAACAAGCCAUUAAGCACUUAAAGCAAUACAGCCCUCUUCUAGCUGCCUUUACAACCCAAGGUCAGUCUGAGCUGACUUUGCUGCUGAAGAUUCAAGAAUACUGUUAUGACAACAUUCAAUUUAUGAAGACCUUUCAGAAAAUUGUGGUGCUUUUCUACAAAGCUGAUGUUCUGAGUGAAGAAGCCAUCUUGAAAUGGUACAAAGAACCCAGUACAGCAAAAGGAAGGAGCAUCUUCCUUGAGCAAAUGAAGAAAUUUGUUGAGUGGCUCAAGAAUGCUGAAGAAGAAUCAGAGUCUGAAAGUGAAGAGGACUGAAGGUGGAAGACUGUCAGUUGAAAUCAUGUUCUGUAUUUUUAAUAAACCACAGGGUUUGUAGAAUUGAA